AUUUGCCAGCCAAUAGCCUGAACCUUCGCUACCACCCCAAGUUGCGCUUUUGUUUAUACGCCUCUCCAGUCUUUGACUUCCCUUCCCCUCUCUCUUCCUCCCUCCCUAUCCCCGGCGGCCGGAAAUCUAGUCAAAUUCAGCUGCUUUUAUCCCGGCUGAUCAGCGGGCGAGAGGGGAGGACAAGUCUUGAGCUGAAUUUCUCGGAGGUUCGGCUGGCAUUUGCGAGAUAGUGGUCAGGAACGGGCAGAUGAGCUGCUUGCCGUGCUCCGGUUCGUCGGGGAAGGAGGCCAAGAGCUUGGACGCGCUCUCGCCGUCGCCCCGGCCUGCGGCGAAGUCGGCACCAGUUCGAUCAAAAUCACGUGCUUCGGGCUCUAGGAAGGAAGAUUCUGUACCUGUUCGCAGAGGAGGAAACACUGCACAUGGCCCCACACAGAUUUUCACUUUCCGUGAGUUGGCCAUUGCUACCAAGAAUUUCAGGAAAGAUUGCCUGUUGGGAGAAGGUGGCUUUGGUCGUGUGUAUAAAGGACGCAUGGAAAAUGGACAGGUUAUUGCUGUGAAGCAACUUGAUAGAAACGGCUUUCAAGGAAACCGUGAAUUUCUUGUGGAGGUUCUCAUGCUAAGUCUCUUGCACCAUCCUAAUCUGGUCAGAUUAAUUGGAUAUUGCGCAGAUGGUGACCAGCGCCUCCUAGUUUACGAAUAUAUGGUGUUAGGAUCACUAGAAGAUCAUUUGUAUGAUUGUCCACCAGACAAGGAACCUCUUGACUGGAAUACAAGGAUGAAAAUUGCUGCCGGUGCAGCGAGAGGUCUGGAGUAUCUUCAUGAUAAGGCAAAUCCACCUGUCAUAUACAGAGAUUUCAAAUCAUCAAAUAUUCUUCUGGGUGAAGACUACUACCCUAAGCUAUCUGAUUUUGGACUUGCAAAACUUGGUCCAGUUGGUGACAAAACUCACGUAUCAACACGAGUUAUGGGAACAUAUGGAUAUUGUGCUCCUGAAUAUGCCAUGACAGGACAGUUGACAGUAAAAUCUGAUGUUUACAGCUUCGGUGUUGUAUUCCUUGAACUUAUUACAGGCCGCAAAGCAAUCGAUCACACCCAGCCUUCAGGGGAGCAAAAUCUUGUUGCAUGGGCACGUCCACUUUUCAGAGACCGAAGGAAGUUCUGCCAACUUGCUGAUCCAUUGCUGCAAGGCCAUUACCCAAAAAGGGGAUUGUACCAGGCUUUAGCUGUUGCGGCCAUGUGUUUGCAGGAGCAAGCAGCAUCCAGGCCUCUCAUAGGAGAUGUUGUCACUGCACUAUCUUAUCUAGCUUCACAUCCUUAUGAUCCAAAUGCACCUACCACAAAGGAUUCUAGGACCUGCCCAUCCACACCAAGGGCAAAAACACACCGACGAACAACCAGUGUUCCUGAUGCUCAGCAUGCUGCUGAGUCACUUAUGUUGAACUUCCCAGACUUGAGGAAGGACACUACCAGAGGAGGGGAAUUCGAGCAGGAUCAUACUGAAGGUUCUGGCAGCAGUAGUAGCUCUGGAAGGAAUGAUGGCCUGGAUGUUCCACAACUUCUGGCCGUUCCUAAUGGGAAAGCUUACAGUGAAGCUGAUAGCAUUCAGAAGUCCACUGUUAAGGUUGGUGGCCGUGAGAAAUAGAAUGCAGAGCCAGGCAAAUUUUGCAGGCAGCUUUGAUGGUACAUGUGAUGGAUGGAUUAUACCAUUCUUUCCAUGUUUACUAUCAAUUUUGCCAUGAAUCUCCAUUGCUUGGCAAGAGUCUUUUUCGACAGGACUAUUGUUGAGAGUUGCCACAGGCUUGUUUUUGCAGACCCGGAUAGCCACAUACUCCAUGGUUGGCUUUUAGUUGCCUCCAUGAACCACUUCUAAAGUUCUUCCAGGUUUUACAUGAAGACUCGGGCUGAUGCAAGGAAGAACCAUCCCGUUGCUGAGAGUCAGACUUCAGAGUACGCAUUUUGGUCAGCUCAGCUACAUUCCUAUUGUCAAAGCUCCGCACUGUGAUGGACCCUGCAGUAUGCAUCAUUCAACAAUGGGAGUGAAUUUUCUUGUUUUAUUUUUUGUAGAAACCACGCUUUGUGUGACAUUGUACUGCAGAGUGGCAGCCCGGAUUGUGUGUCUGUACAUGUAAAUGGGUUGUAUUUGUAAGUAGAGCUAUUUUUUCGUUUGUCGGUGAUGAUGUGAUGAGUGAUUUGCAGACGACAUGUCAUACAUAGUUCUGUACAGAAAAGGCUGUUUGAUUUUUGUUGCUUGCUAUGUAACAACUGAAUGCUGCUUAGUUGUGCC